AUGAAGCUUGAUAUUGAUAUGAAAGCUUCGAAUUUCAAUCGGCAUUUAGAACGACGUACUUGUUCAAUUAUGCUGAAAAAGUUAAUUGAUGAAACCAAUGUAGAACAAACCGACCAAAACAAUAUCGACAAUAAUAUUUUAUCGAACGACUCCACUGCUUUAGUGCCGUCAUCGUUAGCAUUAACACAAUCAAGUAAAACUUUAUCUCGUAAGAGAGGUGUAUCGAAUGCAACUCAUGUUAAUAACCGCAGUAUUAAAAGACGACGAACAAAAAAUUCAUAA